ACUUUAAAAUUUAUUUCACAUACAUAAGCAAAAAUCUCUCCUCUCUCUUCAUUCAUCAAUAUAAAAUAUUUCUAUAUAUUUUUGUUCUCUUAAAAACGAAAAAACAACAAUGCCAAAACAUGUCGAACUAACUUUAGAGCAAUUGGUUAGAAUUGCUCUUGGUGUACCAGAGCUAAGCCAAGUCAAUGUGGCCGUUCUCCAUAGUCUAUUGAAUGUUAUACUGAAGAAACUCAAUUGUAAAGAUGAUCUGGUCACAAUUGGUGGAUUUGAGGGUAAAUGCAUAAGUAAAAUAUUGGAGAAAUCUAAAAUAUCGCCGAUGCCAUUCGAUCUGGAGAAUAUUGUACCCAUAUCAGAGCAAUUGGGUAAAGUGGAGCAACUGGAGAAGCGCAUUGCUCAACUGGAGAGUAAAUUGGAAGGACAUUUUCAACAGAUACGCAUCUGUAAUAAGGUCAACGAUAAGAAGUUUCAAACCCACGUUUGGGAGCAGUAUGCAUCACCAUGCGAGGAUCUGUGCACCAUUUGCGAUGAGGACAACAAGAUUGCGUGCAGUCUGCUUCAUAAUAUUGAUUUCAUGAAGAAACUAAUGCGACGCAUUGCAUCGCCUAUUAUAGACCAAAUGGAUGAGGUCAGUCGAAAGCUGGAGAAAUUCUAUGAAACCUUGAAGGAAUUCCUUCGGCAGACGGAGGCUCUUUUCCAGCGCUUGGAACUGGUCAAGCAGUGUGUGGUGGAAAUUGAGAAUCUACGCAAUUUGGUCCAGGAAUACAAUCUCACUUUCAUUGGCACCAUGGAGGAGUUACAGGAUAUGCUUGAUAGUAAAUUGGAUAAGGUCCAUAUGCCGGCUCUCAAGAAAUACAUACGCGAUCGUUUUGAUGACAUUGAGCAGCGUUUACAUCAAAUUGAGGACAAGGAAUCGUGUCCUCGAGCAGCUGGAUUCAUUAAUACGGGCAUUCGUUGCAUCUCGUGUGGCAAUACCAAAAUUGGCGUUGAAGUUGGUCCCCAAUCCAUGAGCCUGCUGCCAGAUGCCCCACAGAAAAAGAUGCCCAUGGCCAUGAAUGCAACCGCAUUGAAUUGUCAAAAGAAUUUAGUUUGUCGCUCCCUUGAGAAGGAGCCCACUUUGAUGGUACGCGUCAAUAAUCUGGAUUUGAGUGUACUGGCGCAACGUUUGAAUCGUCCCAGUACGGGAAAAGUAUGCAAAUUGCCUGAAGCCAAUGACCCCAUCUAUGGUGUGCGUAAUUCCUGUUUUUCUGGUUAAAUUCAUUCAGCCAUCUAUCUAUCCAUCCAUCCAUCCAUCCACCCAACCAACUCAUUGCCCGUUAGUGUGUAGUAGUCACACAAUCUCCAAAUCGUUUCGUUUAAAGCAAUAAAACAUCAGACUUGAUUGACUCUCAAGGCUAUUUCCGCUGA